AAUCAAAACACAGAUUCAGAUUUUUAACACGUCGCCUCAACCAGAAGGGUCUACCGUGAAAUGUGAACGAAAGGCAGGUCAUUUUAACUUGUACCCCGGCUUAUUUUACCUGAAGGUGAAAGCAUCUGUCAAAAGAAACAUGGCUAUGCCGAAAUGGGAGCGAAAGGCGCGUAUUUUCCUCUGCGUUUUCGGAAUGUGUUUGUCUGUUUACGCGCUUCACGUCGAGCUGUCCAGAGAGAGUAACCCAGAUUACAGGGCGAUGUGUGACCUGGGGGAGUCUGUGAGCUGCUCCAAAGUUUUCACCUCCAGGUAUGGUUCCUAUAAGCUCCUCAAGGCUUGUUUCAUGCUGUAUUGUGGUUCUUAUAAACUUGGCCUGUGCAGGGGCGACAGUGGCUGUUUAAGUUCAGUCUUGGGCAUGUAACUGAAAGAGCCGACCCCGUCAUUUGCCACGUGUUUAAGUACCCUACAAGCCCCAUACAUCAUCUCGUUUACUGUUUGAAAUACACCAAUCCUAAUUUAGGACCUUGCUCUUUUGCACUGCAAAAGGAACUAGAGUGCAUGCUUGAUUACUUUACAACUGUUCCCCUGUUUUUGGGUUUGAUUUUCUUGCCAAUAAUAUGUGGAAUAAAUUUUAACUCUCCUUUUUGGACAGAUGGGGACGGGGUUUUGGCUUGGUCCAGUUCUUUGUUGACAAAGAUAGCCCUCUGAACCAGCCCAACAGUGUGCUUGGCAUCAUAUUUUACACUCUGCAGAUGGGAAUGGGUAAGUCUGUCUCCAUCUUCUGCAAAUUAUAGUGCAGCACUGAAUGUUUUUAAGAAAAAUAGAUCCUCUUGGCAAUUUAGCAUGUUUGUGAACCAGAGCUGGGUGUGUAAUUGAUAUUUCACAAUUCAAAAGAAAAAACUGCACUGAUCUUGUGUGACUUUCUUUUGCAGGAUUGUCCUUGUCUAAGAAAGCAGCUGUGUUUUUGGUCUUCUCCUCCUGGGUCUCUGUGGCUGGUUCGCUCUAUCUUGCAUCUAUCCUCGCCUUUGUCUUAGGGGACUUUUGCAUGGUCUGUGUGUCAACAUACAUCAUCAACUUUGCAUUGCUUUACACCAACCUAAAACGGAGGGGAGCUGUUGAAGGAAUGAAAGAAAAAACUGGAUAGAAAAACUGCUACCUGUGAAAUUCAACACCCUCUUUUUCACUGCUGAGCUGAAGCAGCACUGGAUGUGAAAAUAUUUUACAUUGUUUCUGGAAUUUUUUACACCUGCUGAGAGAAUAAAAGGACACUGGGCUGGAAAUGUACCAAAGUACAUUAAUCCCUGAUUUAAAAAAACUCAAUGUAACUGGAGUCAUUUCGGAUAUAAAACGCACCUUUGAUGCUAAUACACAGUUUUUAACACUAUCUUUUGUACCAUGCGGUUAAGAAGUAAAUAAAUAAGAAUGAAAGUAAAUGCUUAUCCUGCAGUUUGAGAGAACUUAGACAAUACAGUGCUAUGUGCUUAAAAUGUCUACCAGUAGAUGGAGCCAAAUGCUCAGGAUGGUGGUAUAUCACAGUGAAUUUACGCGAUCAUAUCUCAAGGACUUAUAAAGUUGGGUGUUUGUGUUACAUGUCUUAAAAAGAACAAAAACCUUUAAAGGUAUUAUUUUAAUAUCUUAAAUUCAUCACCAUGUGCUAUUUGAGCCAUAAACUAACAGAAAGAAAGUUAUGGGGAGUUGUAAUGUUGCAUAUUAUUGUUGGAUUUGAGAAGGACAAUUCACAGCACCAACUGGGGUCUUAGUGAUAUAUAAAGCAGUAAAACAAAAAUACAAAGUACUGUACCACAUAAAAAAAGCAACAUACACUACAGGCCAAAAGUUUGGAAGCAAGAUCACAUUUUUUACAAAAAAAAAAAAUCAUAGUUUCAUACAUAUAAUUUGCAACACAACAAACAUGACUAUUGUGUAAAGAGUAAUUUAUCAGAAGGAAUUUUGACUAUAUUUAUUAGGUAUUUGAGUUAUUGUUACUUAGACUUUGCUUUCUUUAAAGUAACCUCCUCUGGCUUUAACAACAGCUUGGCAUAUACCAGGCAUUGGUUCCACAAGUUUUCUAAGGUAUGUCGCAGGAAUUGCAUUCCAAGCUUUCUUAAGUUCAUUAAAAAGAGACUGCUGAUU